AUGGAAUUACGCAGGUCACAACGCCAGCGAAAGCCUAAAACUAUAUGGGAAGAAAAGGGUGCUCCUUCUGCAGCUAGAGACCCCAAAAUCACCAAUAGAACUGACCGAACAGAGCAGAAAACGGCGCUCAAACCUGUUGCCAGUGGACCUCUUCUGAAAACGCUUGAAAUUGACGCUAUUCGACUCCCUGAUCUCCCUGCUUAUGAACCGCCAUUGAAAUUACGAUUUGAGCGUUCAAAUUCGCUUCUACAAGGUCUCUCACAGCUUAAUACGUUCCAAAAACUCCUUACGCCCUCUAUUAUUGACAGAAUCGUUGAAUCAACGAACAGCUAUGCACAAAACGCUCGAAAUACGGAUUUUGAAGAAGAAGAAGAUCCUGAAUCCUUUUUCAGACCCUGGAAACCAGUUAAUAUAAUUGACAUUUGGCGAUAUAUCGGCUGGUCUCCUCCGCCUCCUCCUCCUCCUCCUCCUCCUUCUAUAGCCUAUUUUGACGUGGAGAGAGUCCCUGAUACCCCUCCUCGUGGAUCUCCUACUGGGGCCCCCGACGCUGCCGCCCUCAACGCCGCCACCAGCACAUCGGUUCGUCAGUCCUUCCUAACUCCUGACAAAGAAGAAGAAAAAGAGGAAGAAGAAGCUAUAGAUGAGGCUUUUAUACUCCCUCCCUCAACAGCGCCAGCAGCAAUGAUGCAAGCAAUGACGCAAUCAAGAGCUGGCCGCAAGAGGGCCCCCACAAUGAAGGCAUUAGAGGCUGAAAAGGUGCCAAAACGGGGUACAGGGCAGGGCAGGGGUAGGGGUAAGGGCAGAGCAGGCAGAGGGGCCCAGGGAUAG